CGACGCUAGCCGUCGCUAGCAUAUCAUGAGCAGCAUUGUCAGCACGCCAGUAGACACGUGACCGUGUGGCCGUUCGCAUGCUGCCGCCAUCCUCGCGAAACGUCAUGGCCGCCCUUCGCAUCAGGUGCCCCAAAGACGACAAGAAUGCCGCCCGUGGAGGCGACCCGAGUCACCCUUGAGCCGCCACCGGGCGGCAUCCGCCCGCGCAGGUCCGGAUCGGAAAAAUUGCGGAGGCAGCACGGACUACAGCCACCCUUGCAUCCUUUGCAGCUUUUAGGUUGGCUCACUUUGGCUAUUUUAACGGGAGGUGCCCUCCUUUGCCUAGUGCCGGCCUUACCUACUCAUGCUCAACCGGCCGCUGCUGCUGCCGUUUCUGCUCUUCUAUUGAUUCACUUAGCUACUCACUUAGCAGCCGCCUUAAUUGACCCAGCAGAGAAAGCAUUACGGCUGCGUGCGUUGCUGCCAGUACCUCAACUAGAUAGAUCCAAGCACGCACACGUCAUUGAAAGCGGAGUCUGCCAUCUAUGUAACAUUGAAGUUACUAGUCUUAGAACCAAACAUUGCAGUGCUUGUAACAAGUGUGUAUCCAACUUUGACCAUCAUUGCAAGUGGCUGAACCAUUGCGUGGGUGGGAGAAACUACGUUUCCUUUUUAAUGUGCGUUAGUAGUGCGGUAGCAGCAGCCGCUUUAGUGGCUGCUUUGGCUAUGGCUAACCUGGUAUACCAUCAGUUUGGGAGGAAUGAAGAACUGGAGCCAAAUGAAUCUAAGGAUAAUCUACCACCAUUAAAACUUAAUCUGACCACAACUCCAGCACCAUUUCACUCGUCACUGCCUUCUAGUGACGCGGCUUUUCUGGCCAUAGUGGGAGCGUUGGGUCUUUUAGCUGCUAUCACUGCUGGCCUUUUACUGCAUCUUUGCUUCUUUCACAUUUAUAUCUCCUUCCUGGGCUUGACCACCUAUGAAUAUAUCAGGCAACAGCGCAACGGCCCGGCGCAGAUUCCAACUGCGCAGAACAGAAUCGAGCAGGCGGAAGUGGAACAAUAUGAAUUGGAAAGACCAACAGAGAGUAAUGGACCAGUAUUAAGACACAGACCUGCUAGCCUCGAUUGCGAAGAAAGAACAAGAACCACGUUUUUCAGCUGCUCUGUCUUGGAAGAAAGUUUUUCCAACUGCAACCCAGAGCCCACCCCCACCCCGCCAACCACUCCUCAGGACUGCCAAAUGUGUGUCUUAACCAAUAAUUCCGUGGCACCUUCUGACAUAAAAAUCCCUCCAAAGAAGAUGCGAAAGAAAUGGAAUUGCUGUGUGUCAGUGCCUGACAGUCCGGAUGAUCCGCACAGUCCUCCUGAACCCCGCUGUUUGCUAUCCCUUUGCAAACACAAAGCGAAGAGCAAAAAACUACCGCCAGGUUUGGAAGGAAGAAGUCACAGGACUCACGGGUAUUGGUCCAGUGCCAAGUUGAGGUUACUUUUUAGAGUUUUAGGUAAUUUGGGUCAACAAAAACGUAGGAAUCACUCUCAAGCGCAGUCCAACCAAGGACAAGCGACCAAGUCCAACCAGGUGGUACCCCAUUCGGCAGGCAACGGUACCACUGGCAACCCUCCCGUCCCUAUCCAGACUGUAAGUAAUCUAGUACCAGUGCCCUGUUAUCCAGACGUAACAAGGCGAGCAAAUGCUUUGCCAAGUUUAACUGCCCCACCCAGACGACGCUUAAUAAGCGAAAUAGAGCUGGCAAACGCUUUGACUCUGCUGCAGCAACAACAACGUUGUGGCGCAAAUGGAGGGCGGCGACCAUCUGCGCGUCGCCGCCGACGCAGCGUCGUCCAUCGACCCAAGACGCCUGCGCUGUCGCCGAUUCGCGAGAGCGGGCUCAGCAAUCCUGCCUCGCCGUCUCGCCAACCAUGCGCCAUCGCUAGCACUUGUACGAGAUCGAGUUAAUAAUAUGUUUAUGCUAAUUUGAAUUUGUAACUGUUGUGACUGUAUGACUAUUUAAGGAAGAAAGGAAAUCUGGGAGUCUAAAUAUUUAAAACAUAUAUCUAUAAACCCAAUACUGAUAGCAACCCAUAAGCAGUCUGAAAAAAUUUUGAAGCCAAGAAAGCGAGAAGGCAAUAUAAUCCUUAAGGUAAAUUUGGCAUAAGUCUAUCUUACAAUAAAAACUUAUAACUGCCUAUGAAUGAUAAGUUUUCAUUGAUAUUGUGAUAUCCGGUUAGCUAAUCAUGCUCUUUAUUCAUUACCUUCAAAACAAGGAUUAUUGCUGGCUAUUAUUAUUGCGAAAGCCCUGGGCAAUUAACGAUAAGAACGUUUUAAGCCUACUCAGAUCGCCCGUUUUUACUGUAACAUAGACUGAUGGCCCUCUAAUCUCUCUAGGUUGACAUCAAUUUUCUCGUGGUGUUACCAGUUUUAUAUGUCGGUACAUAUUUAUAUGAUUUAAAUAUAACACGACUAGUAAUUUAUUGAUAUCAGAACGAAAUUAACUUUUUGCUUUUUAGCCAAAAAAAAAGAGGAAGACAAAUUUGAUUCCAAAUACAAAGGUUAAAGUGACUGCCGCCACUCAAUUAUAUUCGUUACAGAAAAAAAGGAUUUAUUUAAAUAGUUCCAUCUUAAGUUUGGCACCUUUUUUGUACGAAAUGCCCAUUUGUUCAUAAUAAAACCCUAUUCAAAAAUUACUUGUGGUAUGUACUAUGUCCGGGACUACUUAGCGCUAUUAGGCUACUUAUCAGUGCUAAAAAAUUUGCAACUACGCUCAAAUCAGCAAUAGUUGUUACUUUUUUAUAGUUUUUAUUAUAGAUUUUGUAUGGAAAUAUCAACUAAGUAAUUAAUAUAUAAAGAAUGUUGCACAAUAAGAUGUUGAUUCUUAAGUCUAGUAACUUUAAGCUACUAGACUUAGAAACUCUCUUUUAUAAGAACUAAUAUUCAUAUGGACGAAAUGAUAAAAAAAUUGUACGCUAUUUUUUAGAGAUUUCAUUUUUAAGAUUGUGAUUCAUUUUUCAGAUUGUAAUUUAUUAUUUAGUAAAGAUAAGUAAAUUAAUAAAUCGGAUACACUGCAGCUUUUGAUUUAGGGGAAAUGCUUAUUUAAACGUAUCUUCUUAAAAUGAUCCUAGGAACAACACCUUAUUUUAAAACACUCUAUAUAAUGAGUAAGUGACCUAUAAUAUACAAAAAACAUUUAUAUCAAAUUCACACAUUUUGAGUGAUCCUUAAGGACGUAUCUUAUACAAAUAAAAAUUACCGAGACAACUGUGGGUAUUUAAACCUGAUUUUUGUUGUUCCUUUUUAAAUUUUUGAACAAAAAAAUAGCUUGGAAUUAUCAAACUUUUUGUUACAUCUCAUUCGAAAACUACUUUCCAGUUUUACUAUAGGGUUAUUAGAUCAAAAAAAAAUUGCCAUUAUAAAACAUGUAGGAAUAAAGAAUAUUGAUAAAAUUAAUGCGGAACAAAACUUAUCUUUUCCGUAAUAAAUAUGUAAUUUUAUUCCUGUUUGCUGUUGUCUAAAGAGCGUAGGGCAUUAAUCCCUUUUAUACGAAAUAUCUAAAAAAAAUUAUUUCUAAAAAUUAAAAAUGAUGACUCUUGUUACGAUGUUAAGCUAGUGUGAAACCUCUAUCCUAGCAUACUAUACAGGGUGUUUUACUAAGUGAUCGCGGCUGUAUCCCGAAAACUAUCAAUAUGACAUCAUUGGAUUUUUUUUUUUAAUCAGGAAAGUAGCCGGGAGAAAAUCUGAAAAUUUUUUUAAGUUCGAAAUUUGGCGAAUAGCUUAAAAUACAUUUUUUACCAUAAUUAAAAACUCUGGAAUAUUUGUUAUUAUAAUACCAAAAAUAAUUUUAUUGUUCAGACAGUUCCCGAGAUAUAGCCGCGAUCCACGCUUAGUGAAACACCCUGUAUAAACUAAUGAUAUUUAAGCACAUAAAUACAGGGUGUUUAAAAAUUGUAAACUAUAUGCAAUAAGUAAUUUUAAACGUGCUGUAUUAUGGUAGCGAUCAAGAAGUUUUAUGUUCGACAAAUGAUUACAUCUCAUUUCUGAUUUUUGAAGUACAAAUAAAGAUAUCCUGUAGACUAGAGAUCUGCGUGACGAAGCUAAAUGAAAUAUAAUUUUAUAACUCAUGAAAUAUAAGAAAAAAAACCUUAAAAUAAAUAAUAUUUUCCUAAUAAAGUGACAAAAACUAUUUUAAUAUAAAAAUGUGUCCAUCUUUUACAUGUAAUGCUUUAACUAUGGUGCUCGUUCGAUGUAAAUAUAAAAAUGUUUUAUUAAAUAGUUAAAACUUUGAGUUGCAAUUUAUAUAAGAACUGGCGAUAGAUAUCUUAUUUUGCUUUGAAAAGUGUUAUAUUAUCCAUGACAUCUCAGUCAAAUGGAAUAAUGUUACCAAAUAAUCUUAUAUUUAAUGUAUAAAAAAUAUAUGAUUUAUAUGGACUUAAAUACUAAGGUUAUUAUAUUUGCCUAAGGCAAUCUAUGUGAAUGUUAUAUUUAUA